AUGCGCCUUUUUCGUUCCGACUUGAGUCUGCUGAACAGCUUGAAUUCCUUACGAAAAAUAAAGAAAAGCGCAACACUGGUAAACAGCAAAGCUUGGAUAACACCGGGAAAGAAAAGGGGGUUAGACAGACGGCGGCGACGAGAAACGUCGCUGACCCACCCAGCCAACACAUAUGGCCCAUCCGUUAUAUCCAGUGUGUUCGUCGAUCCGUACCCCUACUCCGCAUAUAUUCCUACAGCCGGAUGUUUCGUGAAGCGCCACGUGGCCGUGCCGUCGUUGCCUUCGGCUUCUUCGCACGGUCUGCCAGCUGCGCAUGUAUCAGGCGUAACAGCUGCUGCCGCAACGGACUCGAGUGCUUCCCCUGUUACGGCAGCGAUGCUGAGCCCCUUGGCGGUGGACGACGUGUUUCGGCGCCAGACGGUGCCAGAGAUACAGGAACUGCUGCGACAGCUCCAGUUACAGCAGGCGAAUGACGCAGAGGAGCUGCGUUCCCUCAUUGGCGUGCGCUACCUGUCUUUCCUUGAGGGGCUCCCCGAGAUUUCACGCAUGCAGCAGGCAGCCCACGAGGCUUUGCAAGAGGCGAAAGAGCUGGGCAAGGGCCUAUGCUGUCUUGCUGACGCCUUGGCUAGUAAAGGCAUUAACGCUGGGGAGUCGCGCGCCGAGGGAAAGAGGCUGCACCAGCACCGCUUUCUAGUAGAGCGAGAGCUGCCGUUGCAGCGUAGCACCCCGCUAGACGACUUUCUAUUUGCCCGUGGAAUAAACGCCUCCAUGUGUGCGGCGAUUCGCUCUCCCCUUCUUGCAGUACACAGAAAUGCGGGUCUCUCGACAGCCCGUACGCCUGUGCUCACAACGCUUGAGAUACAAGAGGGAGAAGAGACUUUGCACCAGCCUCAAACCCUUCAGCGAUUGCAACAGCAGCUCUUGUUGUUCCCUUCUCGGGUUUGUGAAGCCGUCAGAUGCCAACAAUUUCUGCAGGCACUGCGUCUGAUACACAUCGAGGGAGCCCAGCAAGCUGCGUCUGCCAAGGCUGUUGUUCUCAAGCUCCAACAGUUGCAGCGUCCGCGCAAGCAUGAGAAACCUAGCCAGGAGUCAGGAUGCUGGGCUCUAGCGCAACAUACAGUCGAAAUAUCUCCAGCGCUUGAGUCGUUGGUGCGCGCGUUGGCACUGCGGCAUCUCGCCUCUCCCAACCUCCCGCUCCCCCUUCUAGCGGAUGCCGUUGCUGCCGCCACUCUGACUUACCUUUUAGACAGCUGGCCUGCCCUGCAAGAUGCCACCGAAGGCGCCGAAGAGGCUGUCAUCACUUCAGCUGCCAAGUGGCUCUUAGAGAUGUUUUUCUCAGCUCGGGGAGAGGCGCUGAAGUCGUUAGCCGCCCUCAGGGGGGCAGAGGAGGGGACGGCGGCAAGCGGAGCAGCGAUUGACGCCGUAUGCGGAUAUCAUACCCGCGAAAGAGGCACUCUGCUGCCAGCCGUCGAUGCUGCCGAGGGUCUCCUUGUGGCUUUUUCCGCCUCGUUAGAGUCGGCUGCCUUUUUGUUUUCUCCCACUGUCGCGGAUGCCGCAGAACAAGGAGCCGCUGCCUGUGGCGCGACAGAGGGGCCCUCAGGUGGGAGCGAAGAACCUCCUUUUGCAGUGGUGCAUGCGGCUCAGGCUGCUUUCAAACCCCUCAGCUCCAGUGGCACUGCAAAUAAUAUGGUGUGGGCACUGCAGGCACUUCCACGAGUCUUUGCUGUCUUCGCUGCACAACCGUGCAGCAGCAGCAAGCGUGGGUGGGGGUGCGCUUGUCAGUGCGGGAACGCUGAAUUCUGUCCUCGAGCCAGAUCUGCAGCUUUUGUCGAGCAUUGGAAUGGUCCUCUGAGAACGUGGCUCUGUCGUCUUCCCGCACAAGAGCCUCGGCUCAGCCUCAGCUCCGUCCGCGCCUUUUGGGUGACAAUGCCGUCCACAGCUCAGCUGCUGCGAGCACUGGGAGCGUCCUGUGCCAACGCGUGCCUCGCGGUGUCUGAGUCGCGCAUGCGGGCUCUGCCGUUGCUGAGCGUUCCUGGCGGAAGAGGCGGUACGGCAUUAGCAACGGCGACCUUCUCAGGAGAAAACAAGAAAUGCUCUUUCGAGCGCUUCGAGCAGGCCCUUCGGCAGCAUCUUGCAGACAUUGCCGCUCUAUUCGGAGGGACGAGAGAUCUCGAGGAGCUGCGAGCUGCCGUGCCGCUUCGCGCUGCCCUUAUUGGGUCGUUGUUUCAGUCUCUUGCAGACUGCGCUGCUCCUCUGGUAGCAGCAGCGAGUGCCGCCGCUGCCACGGCAGGGGCAGCUGCGGGCGACUCACACGUUAGCGACGCCGCAGAAGCUCCACUCAUCGAGGAUGCGCGGCGACUUGAGUGGCUGUUUGUGGCGUGCACGAAGGCAGAGUGCUCCUACCAGCGUCUCGCUCCACGAGAAGCCGAUCGCAACCUGCGAACCUGGUUCUCUCGUGUGCUCUCUCAGGGAUCUGAAACGACCCCCUGCCAGGACCGGCUCGCCGCGUUCCUUGCGGAGUGGACUGCUUCCGAACCUCAAACGAUUGAGCUGGAGAAGCAGCGCACUCAGGCUCGUGAUGAUGAAAGCACAGGAGAGCCUGAGGCUGGGGGAAGCGCACAGAAAGACAGAAUCGUUGCGGCUACCAGGGAAGCUGCAAAGUCUCUCCCUUCUGGCCUCUGCUUUGCUGCGCUCGCUGGGUACGCUGUCAGCCUGUGGCCGUUUGUGAGGACGGCGGUUAAGGAUUUGCAAGCUGCGUGGCUGUCUCAAAAGCGAGUGCUGAGCAGUUUUGCUCCCGAGCCGGAUGAGCCAGAUCUCGGGAUAUCCGGAGCUGCCAUGGUCUUGCUGCUGGAGCUAAACCGGCGCCUUGUGACGGCAUCGCGGCGUCUCAAGCUGGCGGAUCUCUCUGCAGCGCCGCUCUUGUCUUUCUCCCUGAAGGCUGUCGCAGCAGAAGAGAUUGCCAUCGUUGCAUCUGACGCGAUUGCUAAGGCUGCAUACCACCCUCGGCAGCAGAGCCAGCAUGCGCUCUUUCAGGACCAAAGCUUCUUGCUGCAGUUGCUCGUCGACGUCGAGUUGCUGGCAGUUGCCUUGGAUGCACCGCCACCCUCCGCUCUGUUGCACACAACACUCAACGCCCCUGAGGCGCUCCCCAGACCCCUUCAGAAAGCCAUCGAGAACGGACUACGCAGCCAGCAUAGUGCAGAGGCGUUGGUGAAAGUAGCCUCGCAAGGACGGCAGUGGCUGCACCCACCUCUUGCCGAAAAGCUGACACGGUGCGUGAAGGCCGGCUUUGCUGCCUCCAGUUCCUUACUGUUCGCUCUCUUGAAGUCGAACGAUUCUGAGGCUGGCGAGGUCUCCCAUGUCUCUGCCACCAGCACCAGCGGAGCAAAAUGUUCACGGCCGAUUCUCCUCGUGCCGAACGAGCGGCUUUCUCUUUUGCCUGUUGCACCCCUUCCAGUGUUUGCCGCGCUGGUGCGGCCCUUCUGCGACAAGAAGUCUGACACGGAGGCUCAGCCAGUUUCUUCUGACAGUGAACAGACAAGGAAAGAAAAGCCGGACCAGCCAAAGGAAUCAGUGAUGCAGAUGCACAGGCUAAGACUCGAUGACGCGGUUGACUCGGUAUCCCGCGGCCUGCAGUCUUGGCUAAAGCGCGGCGCUCCCGAAAGUGAGGGCGUAGGUUUUUUUCCGCUCAUGAGUGGAGGGAGCAGCUCCUCCUCGGGCGCAAGCAGAGGGCUAGCAGCAAUGUCUGUUACUGGUGGCGGCUUGGCAGAGGUAUGGGCUAAGCAGGUGGAACAUGUCAGUGCCCUAAUUGGCCAGCACGUUGAGUCGGUGCAGUCGCGAGCGGCGCAUUCCACGGGGCUUAACAUUAGCCAGAGGAGUGGAACCGCACAAGGCGGAAGCUUACCGACGAGCCCUACAGCAGAUCAGCGAAUGCCUUGA